AUGAACAACUGUCACUGGCGGCAGAAGAACCGCAUAGGACCGUCUUGGUGCCAAUUCGUCACAGCUUCUGGACGCUGUAUUCACUACAGCAAAUGUCUAUACCCUGGACCGAUGUCUCCUAGCAUCGCCUUUUCAUCUUCGCUCAAAGCCGUCCAAGCCCACAAUAAGACCGAGUCUGCUUCGCUUGUUCUCUCUUCAGCGCCCAAAGGCGUACACAACGCGGGACAGAAGGCUCGCGCAAGCAAAGCCAUACUUGCCGACAACCACACCCGUGAACUACAGCUCUCCGUACAGGCGGAUAAGGCGGUACGUCGUAUCGACCGGACCUACUCUGCGGCUGAGCUGUGUACAUUGUGCCAGCUGAGGUGCUUUGCGCGAACCGACCAACCUAGGGAUCGUUCGCAGACAAAACCCGAACGCCAAAGCUUCAACUUCGCCAACCAAGAUUGGGAUGGCUACGUCAAAUAUCGGCCUGCUUACCCUCAAGAGGUGUACUCAACCAUAUUCUCCUACCACGACUCCCACAACGGCGGAUACGAGGCCGGUGUUGACAUCGGAGCCGGAGUUGGGAUCGUCGGCGCCGAGCUGACCAAGAAGUUCGCCCAUGUCACCAUCACAGAUCCUGCCAAAGCGUACGUCGAGGCGGCGGAGAAGUUCUUUGCACAAUACCCAAAGGACAAAGUCGCAUUCCUGCAGGGAAAAGCAGAGGAUAUCAUUGUGGACAAGCUGCCAAAGGGUCAGAAAGUCGACAUCGUCACGGCAGCGGAGUGCCUUCACUGGGCAGACGUCGAUGUCGCCACGCCUCGUAUCGCAGACAUUUUGAAGUCUGGAGGUACUUUUGCCGGGUGGCUGUAUGGGGUCCUGCCAUUGCUAGAUGAGCGAGACCCGGUCUUGGCCGAGGCGAGAGAGGUUUUCUACGACAUCUAUGAGAAGAUGAUUGAGGAGUACGGCUCCAAGAUCGAGAAGCAAGACGAGGACUCGGGUGGAGCGGCCAUGAAUGCUCGCCUUGAUAACAUGCCCUUCGAUGCGUUGACUUGGACUGAUGUAAGGCGGAUUCAUACCAACAAUGGCGCGCCUAUGGCGUCUUCGAACUGGCCGACAAGGAAGUCCAAAGUCUCUGAAGGAGAGUCGGUUGAGAUAUUCGAGGAUGAACAUCUGAUCUCUCACGACGCCGACUACAAUUACCUGGAAGGAUAA